AUGCCAGUUAGAGUACCUACUAGCGGGACGAAUGGCGGCGAUCCAGCGAUGGGCCCGCGUCCGUCGACAUCAGGGCUGUUCGGACCUCGUUCAGAACAACCCUCUCAAGCGGAUUUACUAAAGAAGGAGGCCUUCAGGCUGCUGAAACCCAAAUGCGUACCGUUCAUGGCGAUCCACGCCUUCAACCCCUCCACCUACCAACAUGACCUCGCUCUCCUUAACGACCUCCACACAACCCUCCAUCUGAUCCCUGACGAAGCCUACGUCCCAUCCAUCAUUAAUUAUACCAUCUUUCCCCUCACCCAUCUCCUCCAACGCAACAAUCCUAUCAGCUCGGAAGAAGCAGGGAACACAAAAGGACGUAUACCAGAUCGCAUCUUGGAGAGGUUGUUCGAAUGCCUGACGUUUCUCAUCGAGAGGUGGAAACGCACACCGAACGGGAUCGACUUGAACAUGUGGGAACAACUCUGGACCUUAUCGGCCUUGCUCAUCGGAGGUCCAUUACAACGUUUGGAUCCCAGGCGUAUGCGAUCGUCCGGUUCGACGGGAGAUGGGAAGCAGGACAAGGGGAAGGGAAGGGCGUUGAGCGAGGAGAGCAAGUUGGCCGUGUUAGGCCUGAUGAAAGCUCUUUUGGAACCCAUCUCUGAAGACAUUCAGCAGAAUCUGGAAGAUGGAAGCGACGAUGAAGACGAUGGAGCGACUUUUUUACCAUUGGGCAAACGAACCCACCCGACAUCCUCCCACCUAGACAGACUAUACAACUCCAAGAUCCUCCCUCCCAUCCUGUUUCACACCAUCUCUUCCCUGCUCGACACUUCUCUUCCACCGACAGCAGACUCCCAGCCUAUUAUACCUAUUGAAAGCUUGAAAAUUCUCACCCACCUCGUCGGAGUCUAUAUGAAGGACAGGAUCGAGAUGCUCGCUAGCGUUUUACCAGGGAUGGUCUCCAAUUCUAUCAAGAUCCUGAAUAACGGCCCCGGUCCUGGCUUCAGUACUUCUAGAGGAGCAGCGGGGAAACAAGUUAGGGAAAAGGUAGCUAUAGGGACGAUAGGUCUGCUCAAAGCGGUCUUGGUAGGGACGCUCGGGGAUGAGGUUUUGGUCAGGAAGGAUGUCUUGAAGCGAAAGGUGACUAGCUUGGAUGAGCUCGUCGAGGAAAUCAAUCUGAAUGCGGGUGGCGUCGACGGAAUCGAUGGCGCGAGUGAGAACGGGACUUUGGAAGUCUCGACGACGAAUAAGACGGGAGCAGGCAUACCGAAGGCCGCCCCUGAACGGCCUGAACCGUUCCCAGCCCUCACAGCGCAAUACCUGGAAUUCACCUCUGCCCAACUUUCAACCUCCUUCAAAGUCGUAAUACCGGCCCUCCGGACGCACACCUCUCCUUUGGUUCGAGUGGAGCUUGUGAAUCUUUGCGAGGCGCUGUUGGUCGAUUGUCAUCUGUCCCUACAUAAUCUCCAGGUGGCAUUGUUAGAGGUGCUUUUGGAGGCGACGAUGGACGAACACGAUCAGGUCUCAUGGAAGGCUCGCAAGGUCUUGAACAGCCUUAUCGCCGUUUCGAUUUUGGAAACCGCUGUGGAUACGGAUGUCGCGGAGAAGAUGAGAUCGAGGUUGAAAGAGAUUGCGAACAAGACGUUGGCCGGGUUUCCCCGCGCCAUCAUGUCGCAGUCUGAAGCAAAGGCGCUGGAAGCAACGAGGAUCAUCACAGCUCUAUCUCGGCUGGUCGCCAAUGUCGACCGCAAUUUCAACUCAGCAGCCGACUCGGACUCGGCAAGCUCGUCGGGAUUCAAGCUAUUCCACGAUCUUUUAGGUCCGAAUAGCGGGAUGCAGAGAUGGGUUUGGCCCCUGCUCACGUGCCUGGAACUUGGACGAGCCAAAGAGCUGGCUGUGCCCGGGGCUGGAUAUGCGGAGAGAGCGUGGGCAAUGGCGAGAUUGGGAUCUAGUUACGAACACCUGAAGAUCGAAGGGGCGAGGUUGACCAAUGCAAGCGCCAAUGCCGACCAGGGGGAUGUGCCUGACCAGGCCAGUGGACCAGAGUUCCCGGAAUUAUUCCUGAAAAGGGUGGAAUCUCCGAAUUUGCUGAAAGCAAUAGGCGAGAUGUUUGAAUCGCUAGGUGAAGCCGCAGGACUGGAUGCGCUGAAUGCGGUAGAACAAUUCGUCGCUAUCGCCAAGGCCAAGAAAGGUUCUACGGAAGUGCCGAAAGCCGCUUCGGCGCUCUGGGCGGCGGAGAGGAUCAUGGCGGGUUUGGUCACAUCGAAACAUAUCGACGACAAACGGUUGAGGAAAGAAGCGAGGUCGAUCGUGCGGACGCUGAUCAUGUUCGACGAUGAAGAAGAGGAGAUGGAAGAACCCCAGCAUGACGAACAGCAAGAGUCCGUCUCGGACGAACUGAUGGUGGUCGAGAAGAAACAGGGCAUCAAUGCCUUAACGAACCUCUUGAAGCGAGAUCAUCGUGGUAAUCAGACGACAGAGAGGGAGAAUCGUACCCUGCAAAUCAAGACGCAUAGAGAGCUGGUGACGGCCUUGUCCCUCUCGCUGAUGUCCGUAUGCGCACGCAUAUUGGGAUCCUCCUUUCGACCUAUGCUGCUGAACACGCUCUAUAUCGUGCUUUCACACCUCGGAUCACCCGUCGCCUUCAUCCGUGGGUAUGCCGAAAUCGCUCUGAUGCGAAUCGCGUACGACAUUGGCUAUGCAUCCCCGCAAAACAUGAUUAUCGACAAUGUGGACUAUGUGAUCAAUGUUGUCUCGCAACGGAUGACGUAUCAACGCCUAAGUCCGCUGGCUCCGAUGGUUCUGAUCUCGAUGAUCCGCCUCGUUGGCGAGCCAAUUGUUCCGCUCGUCCAGGACAUCGUCGACGACAUCUUUGAUUGUUUAGAUGACUAUCACGGGUAUGAACUGCUUGCCUCUACCAUGCUGGCGGUACUCGACACCCUCAUGCGAGCCAUGACAAACGAGACGGAUCUGGCCGAAUGGACACCGCCUGUUUCCACGUCAAAGAGGUUGCGACCGGGUCCAGAUCCCGCUCGAGACUUCGAAGCCUUUGCUGAAUGGUACAGAGGCCGCGCGACAAGGGCGGCGGAAGCCGUUGACGAUCUCAUCGAAUCGACCCCUCGAGAAGCUUGGAAACGCGAGGGUCAAGGAGAAGAUGGUGACAAAAACGGGGGCGACCCUGAUGACCCGCCCGAGAACGCUCGGGACGAACCGGAAAUCCCGCCAACCCGGACUCAAGAGGUCUGUAAGCGGAUGAUGGAGAAGGACGUGUAUUUUAUGACCCACUCGUCGCCGUUCGUACGCGCGCGGGUACUCACGCUCUUCACGAACGGUAUACCUGUCUUGGUGACUGGUAACCGAGAGUCCGACCUGUUACCCUUGGUCAACACCGCCUGGCCGUAUAUCCUGAACCGACUGCAGGAUAAGGAACCGUACGUGGUCACCGAAGCCGCGGUACUAUUAGAAGCCUUGGCCAAAUGGGUUGGCGAUUUCAUGUCUCGUCGUAUUCUUGACAACGCCUGGCCAAUGCUGAAGAAGAUCCUGGCGACGCAAAAACGCCUUGAUGACCAAUCGGCUCUGCUCAGGCGCGGUCAGGGAGGCGUGUCGACUUCUCAUACAGUUUCGCAUCGGCUACACUUAGCAAUCAUCAACACAAUGCGGUACGUCGUCAAGGAAGUGCCGGUCGCUGAUAGUGUGAUCUGGGAGACGAUCAUGCUUUUCCGGCCUUUUCUGGACGUCAAGGUGCAUCAAGAGCAGCAGGAUGCGGCUGUACAGCUCUAUCGGAUGCUCGUAAACCGCGACGAAGAUGCUGUGUGGAUUGCCCUGAGUGGCAGCGUUGGCGAGAUUGCCGAUAGCAAGGGGAGGCUGGCUUAUUUACGACAACCAGGAUUGAACAUCCACGACAACAUACGACUCGUCCUCGGCAGGACUUGA